AUGUACAAGAUUGCCCGCGCCCGGCCGCUCACCAGCGCUCUCCGAGCUGCUGUCGAGACGCCCUUGAAGCGAUCCGCGGUGCAGCAGAGGAGGGGGCUGGCGAUCCACGAAUACCGCUCCGCCGCGCUGCUCGAGUCGUACGGCAUCGGCGUCCCCAAGGGCGGCGUGGCUACCAACGCAGAGGAGGCGCUGCAGGUCGCCAAGAGCAUCGGCGGCGACGAUGCUGUUAUCAAGGCGCAGGUCCUUGCCGGCGGGCGAGGAAAGGGCACCUUUGACAACGGCUUCAAGGGCGGUGUCAGGGUCGUCUACUCCCCCCGCGAGGCGUCCAUCCUCGCCGACCAGAUGAUCGGCCACAAGCUCAUCACCAAGCAAACCGGAGCCGGCGGCCGUCUCUGCAACGCCGUCUACAUUGUCGAGCGCAAGUUUGCGCGUCGCGAGUUCUACCUCGCUAUCCUCAUGGACCGCGCGUCCCAGGGCCCCGUCAUCGUCGCCUCGUCGCAGGGUGGCAUGGACAUCGAGGCCGUCGCCAAGGAGCACCCCGAGGCCAUCGUCACCACGCCCAUCGACAUCCACGUGGGCGUCACCGACGACAUUGCGCGCAACAUUGCGAACGAGCUCGGCUUCUCGGAGCAGUGCAUCGAGGACGCCAAGACCACCAUCCAGAACCUGUACAGGGUCUUCAUGGAGAAGGACGCUACCCAGAUCGAGAUCAACCCCCUGUCUGAGACUACCGACCACCAGGUCCUCGCCAUGGACGCCAAGCUCAACUUUGACGACAACGCCGACUACCGCCAGAAGGACGUUUUCGAGUGGAGGGACAUCUCGCAGGAAGACGCCGACGAGGUCAAGGCCGCCAAGGUCGGACUGAACUUCAUCAAGCUGGACGGCGAUAUCGGCUGCCUUGUCAACGGCGCUGGUCUGGCCAUGGCCACCAUGGACAUCAUUAAGCUGAACGGCGGUGCGCCAGCGAACUUCUUGGAUGUCGGUGGAGGUGCGACGCCCGAGGCUAUUCGCCAGGCUUUUGACCUCAUCACCAGCGACCCCAAGGUCACGGCCAUCUUUGUCAACAUCUUCGGUGGUAUCGUCAGAUGCGAUGCCAUUGCCAAGGGCCUGAUCAGCGUGGUGGAGAGCAUGAACCUCAAGACACCGGUCAUUGCCAGAUUGCAGGGGACAAACAUGGAGCAGGCGCAUAAGCUGAUUGAGGAAUCCGGCCUCAAGAUCUUCUCCAUCAACGAUCUGCAAGGCGCGGCGGAGAAGUCGGUGCAGUUCUCAAAGGUGGUCAAGAUGGCGAGGGAUAUCGAUGUCGGUGUCGAAUUCACUCUCGGUAUCUAA